AUGAUCCUGCCCAUCCAGACCCCGGGAGCGGUGAAGCUGCAGCUUUUCCUGCCUGGCUCCCGACGUUCCCUGACUCCAGGAGAGGUCUGUGAGCUCCUGUGGUGGCAUGUGGGGGUAGAUAACAUCUCCCUGGGGUUUGGCUCCGAGGUGCUGCAAGGCUCCUGCUUCCAAUCUUCCCGGCGGGAGAAGUACGGCAACGUCUUCAAGACGCACUUGCUGGGGCGGCCGCUGGUGCGGGUGACGGGGGCGGAGAACGUGCGCAAGAUCUUGAUGGGGGAGCACCACCUGGUGAGCACCGAGUGGCCCCGGAGCACCCGCAUGCUGCUGGGACCCAACACCGUGGCCAACUCCAUCGGCGACAUCCACCGGCACAAGAGGAAGGUUUUCUCCAAAAUCUUCAGCCACGAGGCGCUGGAGAGUUACCUCCCCAAGAUCCAGCUGGUGAUCAAGGACACCCUGCGGGCCUGGAGCAGCAACCCCGAGCCCAUCAACGUGUACCACGAGGCGCAGAAGCUGACGUUCCGCAUGGCCAUCCGCGUCCUGCUGGGCUUCCGCAUCCCCGACGAGGAGCUCGGCCGCCUCUUCGAGGUCUACCAGCAGUUCGUGGAGAACGUCUUCUCCCUGCCCGUGGACCUGCCCUUCAGUGGCUACAGGAGGGGAAUCCGGGCACGGGAGACGCUGCAGAAGGGGCUGGAAAAAGCCAUCCAGGAGAAACUGCAGAACACGCAGGGCAAGGACUACGCUGACGCCUUGGACAUCCUGAUAGAGAGCGGGAAAGAGCACGGGAAGGAGUUGACCAUGCAGGAGCUGAAGGAUGGCACCCUGGAGCUGAUCUUCGCCGCCUACGCCACCACGGCCAGCGCCAGCACCUCCCUCAUCAUGCAGCUCCUCAAACACCCCCGAGUGCUGGAGAAGCUGCGGGAGGAGCUCAGGAGCAAAGGGAUCCUCCACAACGGCUGCAUCUGCGAGGGCUCCCUGCGGCUCGACAACAUCAGCAGCCUCCACUACCUGGACUGUGUCAUCAAGGAGGUGCUUCGGCUCUUCACCCCCAUCUCCGGCGGGUACCGGACGGUGCUGCAGACCUUCGAGCUGGAUGGUUUCCAGAUCCCCAAAGGCUGGAGUGUGAUGUACAGCAUCCGGGACACCCACGACACCGCCCCGGUCUUCAAGGACGUGGACGUGUUCGACCCCGAGCGCUUCGAGCAGGGCCGGAGCGAAGACAAGGACGGCAGGUUCCACUACCUCCCCUUCGGAGGAGGAGUACGGACCUGUCUGGGGAAGCACCUGGCCAAGCUUUUCCUCAAGGCCCUGGCCAUCGAGCUGGCCAGCACCAGCCGCUUCGAGCUCGCCACCAGGACUUUCCCCAAAAUCACCCUGGUGCCCGUGGUCCAGGGCUGGGAGAUCCCUCUUGGACUUGAGGCAGCUCUGUCCAGCCCCACUCCCAUCCCAUCCCAUCCCUUCCCUCCGAGGUGGAAAGGACAACACAAGGACCGUGGCCGAGACCUCUCCUGGCCGUGAUGGGAGGAGAUGUGGCCCUUGGGUGGGCAGCUUGGCUUUCAGCUCCAGAGGUGUCCAGAGAAGUCCGAGGGGUUGGGAUAAGGAAGGGGAAGGGGCAGGUGUGGGUUUGCCAGGUGGCUUUGUGGGUUGUGCCUCUUUGGAAGGUCGAGGGAAGUGUGAAGGGAGCGCUGGGGAGGCUGCCCUUGCCAGCCCUUGGUGGGGGCCAGGAGGAGGGAGGCAGGUUUGGAGCCAAGGGAAGCACUUGAGGUCGGAUUUGCCGUCAGCCAAGCUGCCAAAUUCCCCCCCCCCCUCCCAGGAGAAUCCCAGUGGAUCAUUUCCACACUCACCACGGGGUGCUCAGCUUGAUUUAACCCAAAAGAAACCCCCCAAUCUUCCAGGAGACGCCAUUCCCAUCCAGACCUCGCCUUCGGGGUGGUAACACUGCCAACCCAAAAGGAAGGUCUCAGGAGCCUCUGCGAGCACCACAUCCCUCAGGCAGAGGCUCGGGUGGUUUUUCCAGGCUGGAAAUCCAGAGUGGAACGCCACCGGCUGAGAUUUCAGGCGUUUCCUUGUCCCUGACGGAGAGAAAACCUUCCCGGCGAUAAAAGGAUGGCAGCCAAAAUCCCAAAGGGAUUAAACCCAAACCUAAGCCCCGUGGGAAGGGGGGAGUCUCCCAGGGACAAACAUUUCGGGAGAGGCGAUGGCAGUGGAGGUGUCCUUGGUCCUUGGGGACCAAGGAUGAGCUCUGGCAGGACCUGGGGAUGAGGGAAGGAGGUGGAAGGUCCAGAGGGGGAAAACCCAUCACCGUGUGCUCUCCAGGAUCCCCCUUUUCCAUCUGAGACCCACCCUUGGGAUAGAGGAGGCCGGGAAAAGGGGAAAGCUGGAGAAAGGGAACAACAAGCUUAGAAGGUCUGGUUAAAGCUCCAGAGAACAAAACCUCCGGGGUAGAUUUUUCCAGAAGGGCUCGGUCCUGCUCGUUCUGGUGGGGAACCAGUGAAAAAGGUUUGGCUGAAAUUUUUCUUUUAACUUCCAAGGUCAUUACAAAGUGAAAACCAAACAUUGCUUUUGAGUGAGUGGUUGAUUGGAGAGAGGUAAUGUAAGAUGCAGACAUCCAUUAUAUAUAUAUUUACAUCAUGUGUGUAUAUAUAAUGUUUGUGUGGGUGAGUAUUUAAUCCGGGCAGAAGUUAAGUCAGGCUUUGUUUUUUUUUCCAUUCCUAACUAAUAUAACUUGACUUAAAAAAAAAAAAAAAAAAAAAGAGAAAAAAAAGAAAAGAAAAAAAAAGUUGCUGCAGUGGGUUUGCAGAAUAAAGCACUUUGAAUCUCAGAAUUGUUUGUUUUUUUGGUUGGUUUUUUUUUUUUCUUAGCACAGUCCUAUUUGCUAUAAUAUUAUUUUAUACACAAAUUUGUUUUUUUGGUUUGGUUUUUUUUUUUUGGUCUGUCUUUAUAAACUAUUAUAAGUACUAUUUUUGUUAUAAUUCAAAAUAGAUAUUUAGUAUAAAGUUUUUGCUGUUAAAUAUUUGUUAUUUAGUAAAAUAUGAUUUUUUUUUUCUCUUUAUUGUAAACAUUGUCCGGGGGAAAAAAAAAAAUAUUAAUAUGUUUUAUCGCAUUUGUUUUUAAUAUUAAGGGGGGGAAAAAAAAAAGAAAAAAGCACUUGUGGGGUUUUUCAUUAUGAAAUUGGUGCCGUGUGAACAUGUGUUUCAGUCAUGUGGUUUUUAAUAUGUAUAUAAUAUUAUGUGUUGCAUAUUAAAAUGAAUGUUGUGUAUUUUGUGAUCUUAAAAUAAAAGAAAAAAAAAAACAACAAAAUAAAUAA